AUGGAGUAGAAUUGGAGAAUAAUGUAAAAAGAUUUUAUAAAGUAUGUAAUUAACGUUAGUGCUGGUGGAUUUUAUGAUGAAAGAGGGGAAAUUAAGCUUGGCUAAUGGACUGAUUUGUUUGAGGGAUUUUAGUCUUCCUCUUAAAUAACUUGUAAUGGUCAAUAUGAAAAUGGCGAAAAUAUUGAAAGAUGGACAUUUUAUACAAGAAUUAAUCCAAGCAUACAUCGUUUAUCGGAAUUAAAUUACUAUUGCCCUUAUAAUUUUUGAGAUAUAGACCUACAAAUAUAGUAGGAAUAAAAAUUGGUUAUUGGAUAGAGGAAGAUAAAAAUUGUGAUUGGGAUUCAUAAAUCAUUUAUUGUGGGAAUUAUCAUAGAGGUAAAAAAAUUGGAAGAUAGGAUAUUUAAAAUAAUAAAAAGGUUGCCACAUGGAAAGAAGAGAAAAAAAGAAAGGUAAAAAGUAUACAUUUAGGCAGGAAUUUCAAAGAAUUGAUAAAAAUAGCCUAGAAUGGUAAUAGGUCGGAACAAAGAGAUUGUAGGAAAUGCGUAUUAACAAGUAUUUACUUUAGCAAUACUGUAACCAUUAUAAGUAUGUGAGAAUAUGUAGAAAUAAUCAUCAGUAUUCUUAAGGUAUGAUUUUUUGUUUCCGUCACAAUUUUAGUAGGUUUUAUUAUCUGCAUUUUCAAUAUUAUAUUUAUCUUCUGAGGAUAUAUGA